GGCGAAUGGCCCCCCAUCGGAACUCCCAUGGCGACUCCCCCCGCCGCCACCGCUCGCCGCCGCCGCCGCCGCCCUCGGCUACUGCGCGGCCCUGGUCUCCCGUGCCGCUCUCCUGCGAGGCCGCGCGCUGCGCCACGCCCGCCAAGGACGAGGCCCGCGUGGCCGCCGACCUAACCGGGUCCUCCAAUCUUGCUGCCGGAGCUGGAGGAGGCGCCUCCCUGCACGGGCCGUGAUGGCGAAUGUGCUGGGCGAGCUCAACGCUCCCGUCAGGCUGAGGAAGUGGGACGCCGCUGCCGCUGAAACCGGCAAGAGGAAGGAGGAGGAGGAGGCUUUGAUGGGGCUGGCCACAAGCCUCGUGCGGUCAGCGCACUUGAUGUGCAAGCUGAGCUUCCCCCGGUGGAGGCUCUGCGCGAGGACCAUUGCUGACGCUGAGCUAUGGGAGAAGCUCGCAGCCAGCAGCAGCUCAUCGGAUAAAUCGUGUGGAUUCUUCAGUGGCUGCGGAUUGGGGAAAACAAAGCUGCCGCUCUUGUUUGAUCCCAUUCACCGGUGUCCCAAAUUGGAGGUUGUUGAUAAAGUGAAGGAAGCUAUCUUGAACAAAUAGCGAGGAGGAGAUUGCCGAAAGUUCCCAAGGCUGCCUGAGCUUUGCUCUCUGCGGUAUGAUCUCACCAUUCCAUUUGCCCGGUAUCUUGCCAUGAAUAACAUAUAUAAUGCACUGAGGAGGUACCAGAUAGCAAAACUAUACAGGAGAUAUAUAACCCAUCAAAGGGAAGACACCGAGAAUUCUACCAGUGUGACUUUGACAUUGCUCUGGAGUAUAUGAGCCAAUGGAGUUCUGACAGAAUUGCUGGGUAGGCUAGAUAUUGGCAUGCAUGAUAAAACUAUAUCACAGAAAGUUGCUUGAUGUCAUGCUGGAGUUCUGCGGUGUGCCUCCUGAGAAGUUCAGAAUGGUCUGCUCAAGCAUCAACAAGCUUGACAAACGGACAUUUGAAGAGGUGUAGUAACUACUCUGUUUCUUGGCAGCAGAUCAUAUUGACACUUUGCAUCAUUCUUUCGCUCUGUCGGCCGAGAUGACUAGAUGAGGUACAUAGUAAUAAUUGAUGACAUAUGGCAUCGUGGAGAAUGGGAUGUCAUCAGCAAGUCUUUUCCAGAAAAUAAUCUGGGCAGCAGAAUUGUCAUGACAACUCGUAUUCAUUCUGUACCAAGAGAUGACUUCAUUACUAACAAGCUCUACAUCAGAAUGAAUCCUGAACGGAAUCGCAGAAACAGAAAAUGGCUCUACGCAUUUGGUGAGAAAGAUCUUGCUGCUUGGAUGAAGCUUCACAUGGUUGGCGAAGGUUUUGACUGUGACCAUCCUAUUGUGCACAUGUGUGGUGGUGUGCCGUUAGCACUGCUUUGCAUGUUUUCAGCAAUGAGAAUAGUCCGAGAGGAACAAGAACAGCUAGGUGUGCAUGUAAAUGCAUGUGAUGUGCAAGAUAUGAUUGAGAAGCAAGUUAAGCGAAGUGGAAUUCAGAACACUCCAGGGUUUGAACCGUUGGUAGAGAGUUUGCAGCUUGGCUACGCCGAUCUUCCUCACCAUAUGUUGAAGACUUGCUUGCUAUACUGUAGUAUAUACCCUGAGAAUUACCAAUUUUACAGGGAUCAACUGGUGAUGCGAUGGGUCGCUGAAGGAUUUACUUAUAAAGUGGAUGAAGCAGAAGGAUAUUUUGAAGAGCUUUGCGACAGAGGUUUAUUGAUGCAGCAGAAUCAUGCCAGUAUCUACCAAUUGAAUUCGAUGAUGCGAAAUUUCCUUAGAUGGAAAUCACAUGAAGAUAAUUUCGUUACUUACAGUUCCGACAUCACAUCGUCAUAUCCCUGUCGAAUCCAUCGGCUAUGUAUUGACAAGCAUUCAGGUGAUGAUGGUGCACUGGAGGGGGUGGAACCCUUCUCUGGAUUGGACUGGUCUCAGAUUCGAUCUCUUGUUGUUUUUCAAGCUCCUCCGGGACUCCCCUUUGAGAAGUUGGAACGCGUGCGAGUGUUGGAUCUUCAGUUUGAAAAGGCUCUUGGGAAUCAUCAUGUGAAGGAUAUUUGUGGACUGCUCCGUGUGAAGCACCUAUUUGGUCUAAAGGGAUUGGGAAUUAGUGAGCUACCACUAGAAAUAGUGAGGCUACACUAUCUCGAGACUCUAAACGUAAGAGGUAUGUGGAUCAGAGAGCUACCCCGUGAGAUUGGGAGACUCAAGAAGUUGAAGAAUCUAUAUGUGAGUUUUCACCCAAGGAUCACGGAGUUGCCCAUAGAGAUCGGAGACCUGCAGAAUUUAGAGAUAUUGUGCAUGAGUGGAACAGAUAUCACAGAGCUGCCUAGGGAGAUCAUCGGGAGACUGAAGAAGUUGAAGACUCUAGACGUGAUGUGCCCAGGGCUCAGGGAGCUGCCCAGGGAGAUCGGGGACCUGCAGCAUUUAGAGACUCUGGACCUUGGUGGUAGCGAAGGGAUGACCACUCUACCACGGGAGAUUGGGAAAUUGCAGCAUUUGAAAACCCUGAAGGCAUGUUGGACAUGGAUCACAAAGCUGCCAAGUGAGAUCGGUAACCUCCAGAAUUUGGAGACUCUUGACCUGAUUUACAGCCCCAGGCUCACAGAGCUGCCUCGUGAGAUUGGGAAUCUGCAGAAUCUGGAACGACUGCUCUUGAGUGCUACAGGGGUGGUAAAGCUACCAAGAGAAAUCGGGGGGCUAAAGAAGCUGAAAAUUUUGGAUUUGAAUGAGACCAUCGGUGUACUACCGUGGGAAGCAGGUCAGCUUUCAAAAUUGGAGGGAGUGCCCGAGUGCGUCCGCCAAGCUUGGAAGAAUAGUGAUCUUGUGUCUUGUGUGCUAGCCACGGAGAUCCUGUUCAUUAAAAUGCUUCGUUUUGAAGGUGAUACGGGGGGCCUAAUUGUUGGCACAAAACACAUGCACAUUCCCCAGUGGAUCAAGGAUCACUUCAACGACCUUCGCUCCUUGGAUAUCAGGAUAUGCAAACUAGAGGAGGAGCAGGAUCUCAAGAUUCUGCGGGAGAUGCCUCACCUGGGUGACCUUACGCUAAGGCUGGAGGUCGUCCCGAGAGAUCCCAUAACCAUCAGCGGUGAAGGUUUCCCAAGGCUCUACGGACUCGUUGUUGACAGCCGCGUGCCACCGGUUGUCACCUUCCAGGAAGGAGCGAUGCCUAUGCUGGAUAUGCUUGUGUUCGAGUUCCAGUUCUACGGUGGCCCACCACCAGCUGCAAAUAAAGUAGACCCUCAGCUGGGUAUCAAGCACCUCGGGUGCCUCCGGUGGGUCGAAUUUAGAUGCAACGAGGAAUGGUAUGGAGGAGCAGCAGAGAGCAGGAGCCCGUGCAUGAGCGACAUGAUUGACAUGGCCAGGAAAGAAGCCCAGGAGCAUCCCAACAAGAUCUACUUUCUUGUCACUGGCCGCGAGAAAGAGGAAUUUGCAGCAAUCAAGGAGAGCGCACAGGCUUCCAGCAGCGGGACAAGCAAGAUCGACGACACUCCAAAUAGUGGGAGUGGCGAGAUCCAGGAGGAGGAAGAGACUUUUCCAAGGAACGAGAGCGGAAAGGUUUCCGGCAGUGGGACGACUGGCGAGAUCCAGGAAGAAGCGUGAUUGGGUUUCUUGACGAGUAUUGCUGAGGUUGGCUGGCUGGUUAUUUCAUCAUCGUAAUUAACGACUGCCUCAAUAUAAUCUAUCUGCAACCAUCUUCAACUAUAUAUCUAUGCAUGGCUCUUCUUCUUCAGGCUUUCUCCAUCUGAUGCUAGCUGUUGUUUAAUUUCCGUUGUCAUAUGCAACAAAAGCUUCCAAGUUGAGUUGGCCCUUCAAAGCCACAUGUAUCUGUAUAUGUAUGCCACUUCAAAGGAGCGUCUGCCUUGCAGCGUGGAACACUUUGAAUUAGGGCCCGGCCCGGUAUUGUCAUGUAAUUUAAUUGUAAUCCCUUCGAAGGGAGCCAACAA